UUCAAUUGGUAAACCAAACUGGGCCCCAGAUUGGCAAAUUCUCAAAAUGUUUCAGGUUGUAGGACACAAGACAUAAACAUUUUUGGUCGUAAUCUUUUUUGACAUGAGUGUGAAAAGGUUAGAAAAUGACUGCAAGUGACUUUUAACCACCAGUAGUCCAGGUGCAAAUGAUCGCAGUGUUUCCAAAUAGUUAAUUUGGUGGCGAAUUAUUUUGGUCUUUGCCUAUUUAAAACUUUGUAUACAUGGAGGAUGGUGUUCAGAUAAAUUCUGGUAUUGGUUUGGUAUCUAAAAAUUGCCGCAGUAACAUGUGAGGAAAAUGACCCUCCACAUGGUGUUUGUUAAUCCAGGUCAAAAACAUCCUCCUCGUGCUGCGUACAGUCUUUCAUUGAUAAAGUUAGCGAUUGUUGUUCUGUUCUCCCUCUAUCUUGUUAACUUGUUUGUGUGAAAACCUCCCAAACUCUCCUGUCUCCCGGUGUUUUAUUACUCAUGUGCAAGGUCCAAAGAUCAGCGUGAGCAUGCGUUUGGGUGGUGGGUCCCUCUGGUAUAAAACCAACCAGCUGUGUUACUGAUAGCAACACUCUUGUCUAUUUCACACAGCACCACACUGACUGUUCUCUCUCUUCAAGAUGAAUACUAUAAAUGGUAUAAUGGACUCCAUGCAGGGCUUUGGGGUGAGCACCACUCACUACCUGCAGACCAACUAUGAGGAUGCCCAGGGUCUGUUCCUCUGGGUGUCCUGGGCGGCGGAUCUCAGGAACACCUUCUUCAUCUUCUUCCCGCUUUGGUUUCACCUGAGGUCUUCGGUGGCUAUUAAGCUCAUCUGGGUGGCUGUGAUCGGAGACUGGCUCAACUUGGUGUUUAAAUGGAUUCUGUUUGGAGAGAGGCCGUACUGGUGGGUCCAUGAGGCGUCUUAUUAUGCAGACAGUGCUCGUCCUCACAUUGAGCAGUACCCCAUGACAUGUGAAACCGGACCAGGCAGCCCCUCUGGACACGCUAUGGGAGCUGCCGGGGUCUACUACACUCUGGUGACCUCCAUCCUCGCCAUUGUGACGAGUAAGAAGAAAUUCGGAAGCAAAAAAUCCACCAACAAGCACUGGUAUCUGAAGGCUGUUUUGUGGACUCUGUUUUGGGGAGUCCAGGUGGGUGUCUGUCUCUCCAGAGUCUUCAUCGCAGCCCACUUCCCCCACCAGGUCGUUGCUGGUGUUAUCACAGGUAUGAUCGUGGCUGAAGCCUUCAACAGAACUCAAUGGAUCUACAACGCCAGCAUGAAAAAGUACUUCUAUACCACUCUCUUCUUGACCUCUUUUGCUGUCGGCUUCUACCUCCUGCUCAAAGCUCUGGGCGUGGACCUGCUGUGGACCCUGGAGAAAGCACAAAAGUGGUGUGUGAGGCCAGAGUGGGUCCACUUAGACAGCACACCCUUCGCCAGCCUCCUGCGUAACAUGGGCACCCUGUUUGGCCUGGGUCUGGGCCUGCACUCCCCUCUUUAUACCGAGGCCAAGAAGAGCAACAGCAAGAUGGUGAAAGUGGCGUGCGUCCUCAGCACUCUGUUCCUGCUGCAUCUGUUCGACUCCUUCAAGCCUCCCACGCACACAGCAGCUCUUUUCUACCUGCUGUCGUUCUGCAAGAGCGCCACCGUGCCUCUGGUGACUGUCAGCAUCAUUCCAUACUGUGUGAACGGAGCGCUGAACAUGCAGAACAAGAAGGGAGUGUGAGCAUGAACUCAUAACAGACUCAUAAAUAGAAGUGCAGAGUCCCUUUGAGUGGUGAAAACACACUUGUGGGGCCGAUUGCAUUCAUAUGUCCAACUUUCACUCAGGGGAAACACCAUUAAGUCACUGGAAAAUCGUCACUAGUGUCAUUUGGACACUGGACUUUGGGAGCACUGUGUGACACUGAAAGCACCAUCCUCGAUACCCUGGAGCACUUAGCAAUUUGUACGGGAAUGUUGAAUGUAACCGAAUGUGCUAAUUACAAAUUUCUGUGGUCCAGGAGCAGGACAAACGAUGAACACAUGUCUACCAACAGACUAAUUCUGAGCAUUUGUAAUGCUUAACCUCAUUUUAAAGCCAUGAAUACUCACUCACAAUUUUGAUAUGUUAUU